AUGAAUAACACUUCUAAUAAUGCUUCUAACGAUAAUACUCCCAACAACACUUCUAAUAAUGCUUCUAACAAUAAUACUCCCAAUAAUACUUCUAAUAAUACGUCUAUCAAAAAUAUUUCUAAUAAUGCUUCUAACUCUUCUAAUAAUGCUUCAAACAUUUCUAACAACAAUUUACCUUCUACCGAUGCUUUACCACCUCUUACCUAUUUGCUUAACACCAUUUUCCCUCCUACCAAUAACAUACUUUUUCCUUAUUCCUCU